CGCACACAGCAACACACAGCCUGAAAUCCGUCUCUCCUUGCCAUUCCUGUUUUCUCUUUCAACAAGAAGGGGACAAAUCAGCCGUGGUUCUCUCCGUUUCACCUUUCCGCGGGCAUGCAUCAACACGGCAACGGGCACCGGGAGGGCAACUGGAGACGCGCGUAUAUAACUGCUUGCAGAUGCACUUUAUAUUUAUUUUUGGUGUUAAGUCUGGAGUGGAGCACCGCGCACUCGGCACAUACAGAUGGAUCAGACACUUUUGCGUUUUUCCAUGAGGGAGCUCUGGGCUGCUUGGGGGUACGAGAUCACAUGCUCUACCUCUUUCCUUCCUGCACGGGUGAUGCCCAGCUUUGGAAAUGGGUCUCCAGAGGACGGCUCUUCAACAUUGGCUCCUCCCUCUGCCUGGGGAUCACCGUGGGCAACGUGAGUUCAUUGGUCGACAAAUCUCCGUUGGGCAUGUUUCGGUGUGACUAUGAGCCUCCACGGGUCCGCUGGACCUGGAGCUGCAGCAAGUUCUUGGAGAUGCUUGACACCUACUUGCCUUCUCCUAAAUUACUCCUCAACGGUGGCAACGUCUCGGUCACCGCCUCCCCACCUGCAAGACCACCCCCUGAAAAGUUACUGUGGCGAGUCUAUGAUGAUAAUCAGGACCUUUGUGCCAAGUCUCACCAAGCAAUCUAUACCAUCCAAGGCAACUCUCAUGGCAGUCCCUGUUACUUUCCCUUCCUGUACGAUGGCCAGUGGUUCCACAGCUGCACCAGUGUGGGCAGGGAGGAUGGCUUUUUCUGGUGUGCCAUUACCCAUGAUUACGGAAAGGACCAACGCUGGGGCUUCUGCCCAGUGAAGAGUUCUGACUGUGAGACGUUCUGGGACAUAAACCCUUUGAUGGAUAACUGUUACCAGUUUAACUUCCAGGCCACACUGUCCUGGAGGGAGGCACGAACUAGUUGCCAGCAGCAGGGAGCAGACCUGCUCAGCAUCACUAAAUUAGAGGAACAAAUCUAUAUCAACGGUUUGCUUACUGGGUACAGUUCCACCCUGUGGAUGGGUUUGAAUGAUGUAGACCUCAAUGGUGGCUGGCAGUGGGCUGACUCCGCCCCUCUCAAAUACCUAAACUGGGAAGCAGAUAUGCCGAGCUAUGACGAGGAGGAGAACUGUGGAGUGAUCAGCACUGAUGCUCAGGGUCGCUGGCACAACCGAGACUGUUCAGUGGCUUUGCCCUACAUCUGCAAGAAACGACCCAACGCAACUCUCGACCCCUUCACCACAGACUCCUGGGCGGAUGAUGGCCGGUACCAGUGUGAUGUGGGCUGGCAGAACUUCCAGGUGGGCUGCUAUAGGCUGAACUCAGAAAACCUGGACUGGAACUCCGCCCACAAAAUGUGUCAGAAGAUGGAGGCUAACCUUGUUAGCAUACACACCCUACCAGAGCUUGAAUUUAUUACUAAGAAUAUGAAGAGAGAUAUAGAAGAGUUGUGGAUUGGUCUGCAUGAUACAGCUAUGCAGAUGAACUUUGAAUGGACAGAUCGAACUCCAGUCAUCUUCACCUACUGGCACCCAUUUGAACCCAACAACUUUCGAAACGUCAAUGAGGAUUGUGUCACCAUCUGGGGUCCUGAGGGCCGCUGGAAUGAUAGCCCAUGUAAUUACUCUCUGCCUUCCAUCUGUAAGAAAGCUGCACAGAAAGCUGAUGACCGUGUACAGGACCAUGGCUGCAAACAGGGCUGGAGAUGGCACAGUCCUAACUGUUUCAAGGUUGGGGAAGAAUCGUUAACCUUUAAUGAUGCAAAAGGAAUGUGUGCUAGGAACAAUGCUACACUCGUCAUUAUUAAAAACAGAUUUGAGCAGGCCUUUGUGAGCAGUCUGGUGUUUGGCCGUUCUGAUGAUCAGUUCUGGCUCGGCCUGUAUAAUGAGAACAGCACUGGCCCGUUCCACUGGAUCACAGGAGAGGAGCUCACAUACACUAACUGGAACAGAGAUGAGCCAGCACAGGUAAAGGGAGGCUGUGUGGUGAUGGUGGCAGGUCAGGCUAUGGGCCUGUGGGAAGUGAAGGAUUGUGCCAGCAUCCGCUCAAAAUACAUUUGCAAACAGAACCUGGACUCCUCUUUCAUCCCCAGCCCUCCUGUUCCUCAGCCUACACCCUCCCUGACGGGAGCUUGCCCUUCUGGAUGGAAAAGCACUAACACACUCCGCCACUGCUACAAGGUCUUUCAUGCAGGUGCUUUGGAUAAGAGGUUGACUUGGAUUCAAGCUCACAAGUUCUGCCAAAAGCAUGGAGCUCAGCUCGCCAGCUUCAGCACACCGGAGGAAGAGGCUUUUGUCUUUCAGAUCCUCCACGAGGCCUUUGGGGAGGCGGAGGAUCACGAGCAGCACUGGCUAUGGAUUGGAAUUUCCCGCCGGAACAGUGACAGUUGGACAUGGAGUGAUGGAUCAGCUGUGACCUAUCAGAACUUUGGCAGGGGGAAUUAUGGCUCUGCUGAGUGUGGAGCAGCUAACAUGGCUGAUACCAACUGGCUGGUGUCACAUUGCGACUCUGAGCUUGACUGGAUCUGCAAAAUACCAAAAGGGAAAGUGGAAGAGGAACCUGAGAGCCAUGAAGACACUGGUUUAGAGUGGGUUGACUUUGAGAAAGCUCAGUAUAAACUGUUUGAGCACCGCUCCACAUGGGACCAGGCUCUGAGGAUCUGCUCCUGGUUUGACGCCUCCCUGGUCUCCAUGCACUCUCCCAAAGAGAAUCAGUUUUUGAUUGGCAUUUUACGCAAGAUGUCCCGCAAAGAAAAUGAUCUGUGGUGGGUGGGGCUACACACUUUUAAGAGCGAUGGGAGAUUUAGAUGGUCUGAUCACUCAGUGCUCAACUAUGUGUCCUGGGGACUCGGACUGCCUCGACCAAACAGCAAAGAGCCCAAAUGUGUCCAAAUCUCAGCCUCCAAAGGUGAAUGGUCAGAUCAGAGGUGUCAUGUCGAUCUUCCAUACGUGUGUAAGAGGGUAAAUGUGACAGGUACCACCCCUCCGACACCUUCUCCUCCUCUCAAACCCGCUGGCUGCCCCCAGGGCUGGAGCCCUUUCCUACAUAAGUGUUACAAGGUUUUUGGGGAGGAGGUGUCGCGCCGUAGUACGUGGGAGGCUGCUUCUAAGACGUGUCUGACACAAAGAGCCACAUUAGUGGCAGUGCCAAAUUAUAUAGUGCAGGCAUUCCUUGUAACUCUACUACCUAAUAGCAGUUUUCAUGUGUGGGUGGGGCUAACCUCAGAAUCACAGGCUCAGUUCAGGUGGUUUGAAACUGGGUUGCUGAGCUACACUAACUGGGCCCCUGGAGAACCAGUGGACAACAGACAUAAUAAAAGCCCGGGUAACUGUGUAGUACUCCUCCAUGGUAGUCCUCACCGGAAGAUGGGCAUGUGGGCAUCUCGCAAGUGCGAUGCAGAGAAACACGGCUUCAUCUGCAUGAAGGACAAAGACCCUGGCCUCCCCCCUGGCACAGACCCUCUUCCCCCAGUGUUAGAUGGCCCAUUAGAAUUUGCUGGCAUCCAGUACCGGAUUCUGCAGAAGCGUCUUGAUUGGCAUUCAGCUUUGCAAGUUUGUGAAUCCGUAAAUGGAACACUUGCUGCAGUACGGGACCCUCGACAGCACGCCUACCUCACUCUCCUCCUCAACACACUCCGCAAACCUGCCUGGAUUGCACUACACAAUGACGGGGGGCGGAGCUACACAUGGUUGGGUGAGGAGGAGAUCACUUUUACUGACUGGCAGGAUGGAGAGCCCAAUCACAUGUAUGGAUGUGGUCACAUGUCUGUUGAGGGCCAGUGGUCUGUGGCUGCUUGUAAUACAAAAUUAAACGCAGCCAUCUGUGAAAUUAAUACAGAGAGAAUGAUAGACCACAGGUGGAUGUAUCCAGGUUUUUGCCCACAGCCUGUUGGUAAUUGGUCCUGGAUUCCUUUUAGAAAUCACUGCUACUCUUUCAUCCUUCAUGAGCUGCAAUUUAAACACGAGGCCAUACGCACCUGUAGCAAAGUGGGAGCAAAGCUGUUGUCAAUAUUAGAUGAAAACGAGAAUGGUUUUGUGUGGGAACACAUGCAGAGUUUUCAAGAGCAGGCCCAUGGCGCUUGGCUUGGAAUGAUCUUUAACUCCAAAGAAGGCAAUCUGGAGUGGUCUGACAGUGAGAUGGUGGACUAUAGUAACUGGGAGCAGCAGGAUGCAAACCUAAGUAUGCUCUCCGCCAACAGCUGCUUCUGGGUUCAGAGCAACACAGGCCUCUGGAGGCCUGGCUCCUGCAGAAAUCGCACACAUGGUGUCAUCUGUAAACGGCCACGAGGACCCACAGCAGAUCCUGUGAUCCACUCUGAGGUCGACCAUUUCCAUGUAUUAAUUCAGGUCCUGAUUGCAGCAAUUAUUUUGAUUGCUCUGGUGGUGGGCGGGAUUUAUCUGUAUCGCAGGCGGAGCUUUGGCUCCACAGGUUCCUUCGAGAGUGCACGGUACAGCCGCACUAACUCCGCCCCCUCAGAAGAAAUGGAAAAAAACAUUCUUGUUUCAGACAUGGAGUUGAAUGAACAGGCAGAAUAAUGCUGGAUGUGUUCGAACUUAUUUGGAACAUCUAGGAAAACAAAUCUGCCAAGGCAGCAACUGACUGAGAGAAUUUACAUUAAAGAAAAGAAAUAUGUUGCUGGUUUGUUUUUUUUUGUUCUUUUUUUUUGAGACAUUGAGAGAGCUGUGUAGAGCGCAGCAUUUGACCAUUCAGAAUGAAUAGAGGCAAACUCUUUUAUCCGAAAGUACAUCCAUUCAGUAUGGACAGACCACAUCACAUCUAAGCCUUUGUCAACCAAUCAAAUUCCACCAUUCAGGUGGAGCUGUUUGGAUUGGCUAAUGUGUUAGAGAUGCAAACAUAAUUGCAGUUUUUUUGUCUUUGUUUUGUCUUUAUCUGGUUGGAGAAAUGCAAUUUGUAAUCAUAUGUUUUCAUGUUGUUUAUGGCAUACAAUAGUUAUGCUUUAGUGCCAAAAGGGAACAAACUUCCCCCCCAAAAAAUCUAAUUUACUUGAACUUCCAGAGUCAAGAGCACACAAUCACACACAUGUUUAGCUGUCUUAAUGGGGACAUACAGUAGACAAAUGUAAUUAUAAUUACUAUAAACUCAUUUUUUUUCUUUUUUUUUUAAACUGAAAAAGAAGUUUAAAAAAAUAUUUUCCAAAUGAGGAUGUUCCCAAAUUAUGCCAAAGGAAGGUUCCCAAACUAUAGCUAAGUAUGUACACACACAUAUACACUCCAUAAGCACAUACUUUUAACAAAAAGAUAAUGCCGCAACAGUGUUUUUUUUAUUUUAUUUUUUUUAUUUCAGACUGUGACUUUCAAAGUUAUUUGGUGUGACAAUUAUUAUUAUUAUUUUUUUUUUAAAUGUGUGCAGCUAAUUUGCAAUGUUCUCUAGGUCAGAAUUCAGGUCCCUCACAACACUGUCUGAAAGUGAUAAUGACAGAUCAAACAAAACUAUGGCAUGUUUGAAGUUUAGUGAUGCAGAAAAGGAAGGAAGAAAGAAAGAAAGAAAAAAGCAAGCUUAGGAAAGAAAUAGAUAGAUGAAAGGGCAUACGAAUGAGCCUGUCAAAAGCAGGACAGUAUCUCUGUCUUUAAUCAUAUUGUGAAUGCAGGGCUACCCAAUGGGAAGUCUGAAUUCACCGUAACUGUUGGUUGAUCUCAGCCUUUAUAAUGAGCUCAUGUAUAAUCUGCAUCAAAUCAUUUAUCCAAGGAUCUUUCCAUUUUUCAUCUUGUUCUACCAUCUCUUCUUUCUCUCAUUCUUUCCAAUUCUUAACUUUCACUUAUUUUCUUGCCCAUCUUUUUCCCCACUUUCGACUCUUGGCAAGGCCUUGGGGUGAAAAGGUGCUGUGGCCAGCUGUGGAAUGUCGAGUCAACGAGUGGAAGGUCUGGAACCAAUCAGAACUCAGGAGCGAAGAGGGAAAGACAAGAAAGAUAGAGAGAAAUGAAGAGAGAGAGAGAGAGAGAGAGAGAGAGAGAGAGAGAGAGAGAGAGAGAGAGAGAAAGAGAGAGAGAAUGGUGAAAGGAUUGAAUGGGGUUUUGAAAAAGGGUUGAGGGAGGAGAAGAUGGAGAGCUGGACACAGUAAGAGGUGGGGCUUGGAAAAGAAAAAGAUUUUAGGUGAACAGGAGUUACAGGAGGUGCCAGUGACUGACAGGAGAUUACUUUACUGCUCCCUGCUGGAUAUUUGCACAAAUAACUUUUCUAAGAUAAUUUCUGACUUGAAAUCAAGUCCAAAAAUUCCAAAUGUAUUGGUCCUAUAUUGUUCACAAUGGUCCAGAAAGCAACCCUCCUGUGGUUGGCCCAUUGAUUACUGUUAUUACACUGUUUAAAUGUUGAUUUCUCAUGCUUUUAAGAAACAAUAUACAGCCUGAGCCUCUGCAGUUGGAAGGCCAUUAGUCUUAGUGCAGCAAUAAAUUACAAUAUACAUUUACAUUUUCUGAAGAAUUCAAUAGUACUUGCCAGUGUAAAAGUCGCUGCAAUGAUGCUAGGGUGUUGUUGAUGGUUGCCUAGGUGUUCUGAGUGUUUUAGUGCAUUGCUAUGUGGUUGCUGAGGUGUUCUGAGUGGUUGUUAUGUGCUUGCUUACUGACCCAAGUCAAAAGAGCCCACUUCCAAGUCUCUAUGAUAUUCUGGUUCGGAUAUAGCUCAGGUCCCUCCUUCAAUGUAAGCCUAUGGUGCUCGUUUUAUCAUUAUAAUUCUGGUCACUUACAAAAUUAAUAGCACAACUCUAUGCAACAAGCCACAUUUGAUUUAGAACAAGCCCCUAACCACCACAAAUAAUGAUGCUUGCCUCAGCAAGCACCACUUACUGUACAUUAAUCAGUAACCAGUGCUUCUACAUAUCAGUGCUGACUUUACUCAUAUCAGCUGCAAGGUUUUGGUAUUUUGAGGGCAGAUGCGGCACCGAUUCAGAACUUAUAGGCUGUUCUUUACACUUUGAACUUUUUGCUCACUGUAGAAACAUCAUUUUUUGCUUAGCAUUGCAGUUAUAACCAUAACCAUGACCUUUAAUAUCAUUGUAAGACGGUGUAGACAUGACUAUGCAUUUUAUGUAAGCAGGAAUACUUCAUUCACAUGUGCCAAAGGUAUGUCACACAUCAUUUGAAAUUGCAGUAUGACAUCACACUGAGCUCAGACAGUUGUUUCAUCACAUUAGAAAAUUAUGUGGCUAAUGACCAAAGGAAUUUGAUGUCAUGCACUGCAAUCAUGAUAUUGCACACAGUCAUGUGAUCAUGCAUAAAUCAUUCAAACUUUUUUUUUUUGUUCCGAUUGAAUUAGUCCUGAAUGUUAAAUGAACAGGUAAACACUUUUUGUUUGGAAGAAGGAAAUUAAUCAUCUUCAGUCCCUGUGAAGACAAUGCAACAUUUUUAUCUUUAUCUUUGUCUGUUUUGAAUAAUUUGUUCAAUGAAUUUGUAUAAAAAAUGAAUAAAGAAUAUGUUUGCUAUGUGACUG